AUGCGGGUAUCGGUAUUAACAGCAACUCUGGCCCUCGUCGCCCACUCCCUGGCGCAAGAGGCGACGUGCUACGCGCCGAAUGGGAAUAUCGCCGACAACGAGACGUACGUUCCUUGCAACAAGCUUGGGAUAAAUCAGAGAGGCGUGUUCUCGAGUUGCUGUGCUCUGGACGGAGAACCGGAUCAGCGAGACAUUUGCUCGUCUUCCGGCCUGUGUAUCAAUCGCCAGCAGCAGCCCCAGCGAGGUUUCUGCACGGAUCCAACAUGGAAGAGCAAGGCUUGCAUCAGUGUUUGCAUGGAUGAACAGUCGGGCGGAUCCGCAUCCAACUCGACCAUCAUGACCGCCUGCAACGACGGCACGGCGACAUAUUGCUGCGGGGCUUCGAACACGACCUGCUGCGGGACAGACCACGCGAUCAAGAUCCAGACGCAGGAAUCGGUCUGCACCGCGAACAUGACAGAUGACGCCAGCGGCGGCGGCGGCGACGCCUUCAAGGGCGCCACCAUCGGCCUCGCCGUCGUCGCCGGCGUCUGCCUCCUCGCCGGCCUCCUCUCCACGUUCUGGCUCUGGAAGCAGAACAAGUCGCUCAAGCGGCAGCUGUCCGAGAAGCCGGAGCCGAGCCCGCCGGCGGAGCCCCACACGCCCGCCCAGACGCUCGUCGAGCCGCAGACGACCGGGUCCGACAUCCGGGGCUCGUACGCCGCCUCCUCGCCGGGCCUCUACAAGCCGCCGUACAGCACGUCACCCCGAGAGUCGGAGUUCCACCACGGGAACAUCCACAGGUACUCGGAGCUGGAUGCUUCGGUCGCGACGGCCAGGAGCGAGAUGGGGUCGCCUACGCCGUACGACCAGACGCACUUUUCUCAGCCGGGACGCGACUCACCGAUUCCUGAGAACAACGGACAUGGAGGGCCGAUGGACACGCCGUAUCUGCAUCAGCGGUAG